UGCCAACCUCGCGGGUGGUAUAGGUCAAGGGUCAAUUACGCUGGAACUGAAACAGCCGAAGUGCGAAGAUCCUGGUUUAUAUUUAUGUAGUAUUAUGUACAGCAACGGUACUGAUAGUCCAUACAGACAGACUCUACACUACACUGAAAAUUUAACAUUCACGGUUGCUUCUGGAAACAUAACCUCAUCUGUGUCUCCUAACUUGGAGUUUUACGUUGUGGACGACACUGUGACACUGGAGUGCAUCGCCAUCGUCAGCAACUCUCAAUUGGAUAAGUCGAAUUGGACCUGGGAAUACUACGAUGCCAGUUCCAUGGUAUGGCGUCCGUACCUUUUCCCAGAUUUUGUCGAGACAGAAAACUACUUCAAUCAGGUGCCGGGUACUUGUACCUAUCUUCAGCCCAGCUAUCUAAUGCACAAAAUUAAAGCUGAAGACUCACAGAAACAGUACAGAUGCACAUGGCAGAAAAAUAAUGAUAAGAAGUGGGCCAUCAUUACCAUUGGAACAGUCAGUCCUGACGCUUAUCGUCCUUACGUUGGAUAUAUCACAACUCCAGCCCCGCAUGUCAACGCCCAAAACACCUGCACGUGUACAUGCAUCUACACCUGUCCAUCCCCGUGACGUCAUGGCUAACGAUUUGGAUGUGAUUCGACGAUGACUACGCAGAAUUAAGCAUGCAACGAUAUAAUUUGCAACAUUACAAUCUUUAAUAUUCAAGCACCUAACAUUCCAACUCCCACCAUUCUUUUCAAUUUUGCUAAUCUUUCUCAGUCACCAUUUAUUAUUCCUAUUGUCAGAAUGAUUAGAAAUUCACUUUAUUCUACAAGAAAUAUUUU